AUGGAGUUGAAUUAUAGAAACCACGACCAUAGUGGUUCUGACGGUAGUCACUCUAAUGACUAUGAGCUGAAUGAAGUUGAGAAGCAACCUGUUGAAGAUGUCAAGACCACCAACGUAAAUACUAAUGACUUUGAGUAUGACUAUGGUGAUGAUUUCACAAACUCUUCUGAGGCUGCUACUGUUGAAGAAACCAAGCUAAAACUUGGUUUCAUUAGUAGAUUGGCUCUUAAGAUGAACGCAGAGACCAAAGGUGUUGAACCAGUUACAGAUGAAGAGAAGACCGAUGACUCAGUAUUGAACGCCGCUUCCAUGUGGUUUUCCGCCAACUUGGUGCUGGCUUCUUAUGCUCUUGGUGCUUUGGGUCCUAUCGUCUUCCGUCUGAAUUUUGGUACUAGUGUCUUGACCAUCGUGUUCUUUAACAUGAUUGGUUUGGUUUCCGUUGCGUUCUUCUCUGUCUUUGGUGCCGAGUUUGGUCUAAGACAAAUGAUUCUAUCCCGUUUCCUUGUUGGUAAUGUCACAGCCAGAGUGUUUGCAGCUAUUAAUGUUGUCGCCUGUGUUGGUUGGGGUGUCGUUAACACUGUUGUUGCCGCACAAUUACUUCACAUAGUUAACCAGGGAAGCCAUCAACUACCUCUGUGGGGUGGCUGUCUAGUCAUCGUUGGUGGUACAGUUAUGGUCACUUUCUUUGGGUACAGUAUCAUUCACGCUUAUGAAAGAUGGUCCUGGGUUCCUAAUUUUGCUGUGUUCUUGGUCAUUAUCGCAAGACUACAUAAGUCUGGCCAAUUUAGUAAUGGUCCAUGGACUUCGGGUGCUACCACUGCUGGUGGUGUCUUGUCUUUCGGUUCUGCAAUUUACGGUUUCGCCGCUGGUUGGACUACUUACGCAGCUGACUACACUGUCUACAUGCCAAGAACAAUGAACAAAUUCAAGAUUUUCUUCUUCCUAUGUGCCGGUCUGGCUUUCCCAUUACUAUUUACCAUGAUCUUGGGUGCCGCCUCUGCUAUGGGUGCUGUUAACAACCCAGAGUGGAUGGCCUUGUAUGACAAGGACAACAUGGGUGGUUUGACUUAUGCUAUUUUGGUUCCAAACUCCCUACACGGCUUUGGUGAAUUUUGCUGUGUCUUGCUAGCCAUGUCUACUAUCGCCAACAAUAUUCCUAACAUGUACACCAUUGCUUUGUCUGUGCAAGCUCUAUAUGAACCAUUCUCAAGAGUUCCAAGAGUCGUCUGGACCCUAGCUGGUAACGCAGCUGUUGUUGGUAUCUCCAUUCCUGCAUCUUAUUACUUUGAAGGCUUUUUGGAAAACUUCAUGGACUCUAUCGGUUACUAUUUGGCUAUUUACAUUGCUAUUUCCCUAUCCGAACAUUUUAUCUACAGAAGGGGUUUCAAAGGUUACAACAUCGAGGACUGGAACAACUGGGACAGGUUGCCAAUUGGUAUUGCUGGUUGCUCAGCUUUGUUUGUCGGUGCUUUCGGUGUCGCCUUGGGUAUGUCUCAAACUUACUGGACUGGUGAAAUUUCAAGACAUAUCGGUAAGCAUGGUGGUGAUAUUGGUUUCGAAUUGGGUAUGAGUUGGGCUUUUAUUGUCUUUAACAUUGUCAGACCUCUAGAAAUCAAGUACUUUGGUCGUUAA